CGGAGCAAGGAGGUGGUUCAUAUAAAAUCAGAAAUCUGCUCGUUCCCCUGCUGGUUCAACCUGAUCGUAGCGGAAAUUCCGGCGAGCUGACCGUGGAUCCGGCUGGUCCUUCGGGGAUACGAGCUUACACCUUUAAUGGUAUGAGCUUGUGCCAUAUUCUUGGGCUGCUGCUGAUGUGACAUUGGUUGUCCCCGGGCUGCCCCGAAGUCGAACACCCGUUUUUAAAUUGGUCAUAGUUGGGAUCGUGAAAGCUAAAGCGGCGUCUUUUGUACACGAUCUGAGGAGGAAGUAGCGACAUUCAACUUUUGGGCUUUCUCCUUCUUCUUCCUUCUGAUUUACAGAGUAUAAUCGGUAGGCGGCACCGCUGGAUGUGCCGCCUACCGUAAUUCCACAAAGCUCGCUUUCUCCAUCUGCUUUUCUAGCGGAGGUUCAGCACGAUCACGACAUGUAUCCGCAGGGCGGGAUGAAACAGGCAGCUGCCGCCGCAUCGUCUUCCUCUUCUGAGAAAAGCCCCUAUUAUGGGGAGCCGGCCCUUGGCAACCCCACCGCCUGGCAGAUGCAGUACGAAUAUGAUUACCGUUCUGACGGCGACCUCCAACCUCGCAUGGUAUUCCCCACCCGGUGGUCGACAACCCUCUUCCAGUGCUGCAUCGAUCCCUCUAACUGCUUCUUAGCAUGCUUAUGCCCCUGUGUUACAUUCGGCCGGAUUGCGGAGAUAGUCGACAGGGGAAGCACUUCGUGCAUUGCGGGCGCGUGCCUGUAUGAGGCGAUGAAGAUCCUGACAUGUUGCGGCUGCCUCUACUCUGCCUUCUUCAGGGCGAAGCUGAGGGCCCAAUACCGCCUGCCGGAGAACCCCGCUCCCGAUUGGGCCGUCCACUGCGUCUGCGAGCCCUGCGCCCUCACCCAGGAGUACAGAGAGCUCCAGCGUCGGGGUUUCGACCCCUCCAUAGGUUGGGAGGAAAACUUGGAGAGGCAGAAGCUUAAGCCCACCCUGCCCCCUGUUGUGGCACCGGACAUGAUGAGACAGCAGCUUCAAAAUGGGCAAGCUAUAUAUACGCAGGUGGAACCAAUGACAAUAUAGUUCUGAACUUGGACCCGUCAGGCGUCAAGUUGUAGAAUGAGAAUCAAUAUAAAGAAAGUGUGCUAUGGAGAAAAGAAAGAGUGAAGCUUACCUGAUUGUAUUCUUGUCUCUACUAUUUCCAGCUUGUCCACUGUGCGUGUUAAUUCAAGCUUGUGUACAAGACCAACCUUGAAUAUGAAUCCUCCAUGCUGUUUUCA